CUGCCUGCGCCUGCCUGCCCCUGCCCUGCCUGCCCCGCCAGGUGCCCGGCAGCUCCGAGAGGCUGCGGCCAGAGCCCACGGUCGGCGCUGUCGGGACAGUUAUCCAUACAGAGAAUUGAAAAUCCUGAAGAAUGGCUCUUCCUACCUUCAAGUAUCUGGCUGGAAGUUUGGGGUUUUUCCUGUUUGUAGUCUCUUCAGUAAGCACAGCAGCAGCAGCUGUCACCUGUCCUGACAGAGAUCCCGAGUUAGAAAUCUGGAACCCAGGUCACAACGAAGAAAACCGCGUGGAGAUCCGCAGUGGCAGGAAGCUGCUCCUCUCUUCUUCUGCGACUGUCCACUCUAUCCACAUCACUGAUGGAGGAAAACUGGUCAUCAAAGAUGAUGUGCAGCCCAUCAUCCUGCGUACAAGACAUAUACUCAUUGAAAAUGAUGGAGAGUUACACAUUGGCAGUGAGCUGUGCCCUUACCAAGGCAAUGUGGUUAUCAUCCUAUAUGGGAGAGCGGAUGACGGCAGCCAGCCAAACCCUUACUUUGGACAGAAGUACCUUGGGGUCAGCAAAGGUGGCACUCUGGAGAUCCAUGGGAAGAAAAAGCUGUCCUGGACUUUCCUAAACAAGACUCUUCAUCCUGGUGGCAUGGAAGAAGGUGGAUAUUACUUCGAAAGGAGCUGGGGCCACCGAGGUGUCAUUGUCCACGUCAUUGACCCGAAGACGGGGGCAGUUGUCCACUCGGACCGGUUUGAUACCUACAGAGCAAAAGAGGAAAGUAUCCGCCUGGCUCAGUAUUUGGGUAGAGUUGCAAAUGGCAUGAUCCUGUCGGUCGCAGUGAAUGAUGAAGGAUCCAGAAACUUGGAUGACUUGGCCAGGAAAGCAAUGACCAAACUGGGCAGCAAGCAUUUCCUCCACCUUGGGUUUAGGCACCCAUGGAGUUUCAUUACCAUUAAAGGAAAUCCCUCCUCUUCUGUUGAAGACCACAUUGAAUAUCAAGGUCACAAAGGGUCAGCUGUGGCCAAAGUAUUCAAACUAUUCAAAGCUGAGAAUGGAGAAUAUUUUAAUGUCUCUUCAACGAGCGAGUGGGUUCAAGAUGUAGAAUGGACAGAGUGGUUUGAGAAGCCUGACAAAGCCAGAUCUAAGGACAUGGAGAAGCUGUCUGACUUCAAAGCUGCUCAUCCUGACAAAAUCUGCAGGCAGCCCAUUGACAUCCAGGCAGUGACACUUGAUGGAGCAGAUUUAACCACUGAGGUUUUCUACAAGGGCGGCCACGAUUACCAAUUCCUGUGCCACGGCAAGGAGCAGACAGGAGAGGGCUGCCACAACUACAGAGUGAGGUUCCUGUGUGGCAAAUCUGUGAAGCCCAAGCUCACGGUAACUGUUGACACCAACGUGAACAGCACGAUCCUGAAUCUGGUGGAUGAUGUGAGCUCCUGGGAGCCUGGAGACAGGCUGGUGGUGGCAAGCACUGACUAUUCCAUGUACCAGGCAGAAGAGUUCCAGGUGCUGCCCUGCAGAACCUGCAGGCCCACCCAGGUCAAGGUAGCAGGGAAAGCCAGCUACCUGCACAUGGGUGAGGUGGUGGAUGGCGUGGACAUGCGGGCAGAAGUGGGGCUGCUGAGCCGCAACGUGCUGGUGAUGGGCGAGAUGGAGCAGCAGUGCUACGAGUACAGCAGCAAGCUGUGCUCCUUCUUCGACUUCGACACCUUUGGGGGACACAUCAAGAUUGGUCUUGAUUUUAAGGCUACCCACAUUGAAGGUCUAGAACUGAAACACAUGGGCCAGCAGACAAUGGGGCAUUACCCAAUUCAUUUCCAUAUGGCUGGAGACGUGGAUGAGAAAGGAGGCUACAACCCUCCAACGUAUGUGAAGGAAACCUCCAUCCACAACACCUUCUCCCGCUGCGUCACAGUCCAUGGAUCCAAUGGUUUACUGGUGAAGGAUGUGGUGGGUUAUGAUGCUCUGGGCCAUUGUUUUUUCACGGAGGAUGGACCAGAAGAGCGCAACACGUUUGACCACUGCCUUGGGCUGCUGGUGAAGCCCAGCACCCUGCUGCCCUCCGACCGUGACAGCAGGAUGUGCAAGCUGAUCACAGAGGGAGCUUACCCAGGCUACAUCCCUAAGCCCAGGCAGGACUGCAGUGCUGUAUCAACCUUCUGGAUAGCCAACCCGCACAACAACCUCAUAAACUGUGCAGCUGCUGGAUCUGAAGAAACAGGAUUCUGGUUUGUGCUGCACCACGUGCCGACAGGCCCCUCGGCAGGCAUGUACUCCCCUGGCUACUCCGAGCACAUGCCGAUGGGGAAAUUCUCCAACAACCGCGCGCAUUCCAACUACCGGGCUGGAAUGAUCAUUGAUAACGGCGUUAAAACCACCCCAGCCUCUGCCAAGGACAAAAGACCUAUCCUGACACUGAUUUCUGGGAGGUACAGCCCACACAAGGAUGCUGAUCCUUUGAAGCCCAGGGAACCUGCAAUAAUCGAGCGCUUUAUUGCCUACAAGAAUCAGGAUCACGGGGCCUGGCUGCGAGGUGGAGAUGUGUGGCUGGACAACUGCCAGUUUGCUGACAAUGGCAUUGGGCUGACUUUGGCAAGUGGUGGGACCUUCCCUCAUGACGAUGGCUCGAAGCAGGAAAUCAAGAACAGCCUGUUUGUUGGUGAGAGUGGGAACCUGGGCACCGAGACCAUGGACAAUGAGAUCUGGGGACCUGGAGGUCUGGACCACAGGGGAAGGACCCUGCCCAUUGGCCCGGAUUUUCCCAUCCGAGGGAUCCAGUUCUACGAUGGGCCCAUCAACGUCCAGAACUGCACGUUCCGCAAGUUCGCGGCGCUGGACGGGCGGCACACGAGCGCGCUCGCCUUCCGCCUCAACAACGCCUGGCAGAGCUGCCCCAACAACAACGUCACCAGCAUCCACUUCCAGGAUGUCCCCAUUACUUCGAGAGUCUUCUUUGGAGAACCUGGCCCGUGGUUCAAUGAUCUGGAUAUGGAUGGUGACAAAACAUCAGUUUUUCAUGAUGUGGAUGGUUCUGUGUCAGAAUACCCGGGCUCAUACCUGAUCAAGGAGGAUAACUGGUUGAUCAAACACCCUGAGUGCAUUGAUGUGCCCGACUGGAGAGGCUCCAUCUGCAGCGGGCACUUUGCACAGAUAUACAUCCAAGCCUACAAGCCAGCCAACCUGAAAAUGAAAAUAAUAAAAAAUGACUACCACAAUCACCCACUCUACUUGGAAGGGGCUUUGAGCAAAAGCACUCAUUACCAGCAGUAUCAGCCAGUUAUAACUCUGAGGAAAGGCUACACCAUCCACUGGGACAAGACAGCCCCUGAAGAGCUGGCCAUAUGGCUCAUCAACUUCAACAAGAAUGACUGGAUCCAAGUAGGGUUUUGCUAUCCUAAAGGGACGACGUUUUCCAUUCUCUCAGACAUCCACAACCGUCUCUUGAAGAAAACAUACAAAACUGGAACCUUCUACAGAACCUCCCAAAUGGAGAAACUGGAGCACAGAUAUCCUACCAAAGGGUACUACUACUGGGAUGAGGACACUGGGCUGCUGUUCCUGAAACUCAAAGCUCAAAAUGAGAAGGAGAAAUUUGCUUUCUGCUCUGUAAAGGGCUGUGAACGAAUAAGAAUCAAAGCUGUGAUCCCAAAGACAGCUGGUGUCAGUGACUGUGAAGCCACAGCUUAUCCCAAGUACAUCGAGACUCCAAUAGUGGAAGUGCCAAUGCCAAAGAAGCUCUCUGCUGCACAACUGAAGAGCAAGGACCACCUAAUUGAAGUGAAAAUAGAAACUUAUAAGAAGCAGUACUUCCACCUGAGGGAUGACUUUGCAUACAUUGAGGUCGAGGGUGUCAGGUUUUUCCUCACUGAAGAGGGAAUCCAGCUGGUUGUGGUUGAUGGACACCAUGGAAAAGUUGUUGAUCGAGUAACAUUCAAAAACUCCAUUCUACAAGGAAUCCCAGCACAGAUAGAGAACUAUGUCAACAACAUCAAAGAUCACUCCAUAGUGCUGGUGACAUCUAAAGGAAGAUUCAUCUCAAGAGGACCAUGGACUAAAGUACUGGAGAAACUUGGAGCAGGAGAGGGUUUCAGGUUAAAAGAGAAAAUGGCUUUUGUCGGCUUCAAGGGCAGCUUCCGCCCCGUCUGGGUGAGGCUGGUCACCAGCGAGGACUCAGCUAAGAUCUACCAAGCACUGCCAGUCCCUGUGGUGAAGAAAAUGAAGCUGUGAGGACACCCUGCUGUGCCUGCUGGCCGCCAGCACUGCCCCUGGGACGGACGGACGGACAGACGGACAGACGGACAGACUGCUGCCCGCUCCGCGCCGCCGGUGUAGCAUUUUGAUGUUGUUGUUGCUGUUCAAACAGAAAUCUCACUGUAAGUAGCUAGAGUGGCCACCCGUGCCAGGAGUGCCCAGGCUGGCCCUGCUCUGCUGGGGCUGAGCAGGGGCUGAGCUGCUCCUGCAGGGGCUUGGAUCAGCGCUCCUGGACAGACUGACGUCACUGCUGCCUCUCAAGGGGAGUUCUUGGUCUGAAGACCAUCAAGGAUUGUUGCUUCUACCAGCCUCUACGUUGUCUGAAGACUUUUUCUUUUCCAUAGUGUAACUAGCUGACACGGAUGCCAGUUCAAAGACUGGUUGGCAGUCUGGGGUAGAAGGAGUGGAUCUGAGUGAUUUCCUGGAUGCUGGGACAGUAAGCAUUUCUCCUGAAGCUUCUGUGAGGUUUGAUCAAGCUCUUUGGGGUGUGUGUUGUACAUGCAGCCCACGGCACAUAGUUGGGGAAGAAAUGACAGGAGUGGACAAAACGUGCCAGCAGAGACUGAUGGAACCACCUAUUUCUGCUUCCUCAGAAAGCUGCGUUUUUCCUAUGGAUCAAGGAGUUUUAGUAGUGGUUAUGCAAACAGAAAAUUUUCCAUCACCAAGCAGCUGCAGGCUAGAAGGAGAGCAAUGUCAAUUAGCACAUGUAUUUUCUCAGCCUUUCCCAUUCAGCCUUUCCAUCUGUAUAACAAUAUUCAGGAUCAGUUUAUGGUUGCCAGCUAAAGCCAUCCCAAUUUUUGACCAGGAAUACUGGGACUUACCUUAUUCAGCAUCAAAUAGGGUGAGCUGCCCUCACCUUUCCCAGGACAUCAGAGGGAACAGGAUCAGACUGCUCUGCUGUGCUGCUUUCUGAUCCUGUCCUCAGGCUCAAGAUAUCAUGUCUUGGUCCUCCUGUAAGAGUUACAGGGAUGAGAUCGUUCCAGGUGGCUGAAGAACUAAAGUGGGAAGCCCAAUGCACUAGUUGUACCUCCUUUCCCUCUGCUUCAGACCAAUACCUGGACACUGAAGGCAGGUCAGAGUGAGUCAGGACUUCACAGGGACAGUUCUUGAAGCUGGGAAAUUAAACAUUAUCUUGUAAAACACUGAAAGCAUUUCUGGUGCUCGGUGAUAUUUCUGUCAGUUGCCCAGAAAUACCACAAAGGCGUUUCUGGAGGCUGUGGCUGUUCUAAGAAAUCUAAGGGCAGGGGGGAAGUGUGAAAGACACUGUGACAAGCUUUCCAAAGAAUGUCAGUCUUGCCAGUAAGAUUUGGACUUGUUUUCCCACUUUAUCUCUGCCUGUCCCCACUGCCACAUCAAUUAUUCCAAUUGCUGAUGGCGACUUUGUUUAUGUAAUUAAGUUGGUUUUUUCCCCACCACAGUAUCAAAAAUGCUACCUUGAAGUUAGACUAAAAAGCAAGGAUUUUGUGUGUCAUUCCAAAGGCUGGGCAGAUGCUGGUUUAAAUCAAUUGCUCUGAAUGUCAAAGCAAGCAUGAACAAAAUUUAGAUAGUACUGUAGGUUACAUUCCCCUCAAGCCUCUCCUGGGUUUUGAAACUGGAAAUGUUCUUUUCAGACUUACUACAAAAUUGUUUUGAAUUCACUGAAUGUCAUGUGUAUUUCAUGAAAAAAAAAAGAGCCAAGUGUUCCCUCCCAGCUUCCCCAACAAGAGUCUGGUAAUGGGUGCUCCUCAGGCAUUUGUGCCAUUUACAGACUGAAUGGGCAACAUUUGUAAGAGGGAAAUAAGUUAGGUUGUUUAUUCCCCAAAAUUAUGAUUGUUUGGGAAUUUCACAAAUUAUUCCAUGAAAGAGUCAGUCUCACUGGUGUUUCAACCAUGAUCAUUCAAAACUUUUAUCUGAUGUCCUGUGAUGGCCAAAAGAGUGCCAGAUCCAUGAAGUCAAGGGAAGAGGCUAGCAGGAAUUCCCUUGUCUGUCAGUUUGGGUUGUCUAAACCUUUUCCCUGCCCUGAGCCAGUGCUGGUGGAACACACUGUUCCCAGGAGAUGGACCAGAGCAGGAGCCCUUCCUUCACUUAGUAGGUGCUGGGCAGGAAAGGCAGCCCUGGGCUGUGGGAAUUGGCUUUGUACAAGCCCCAGAGCCAGGGCUGCCCUCUGCAGUGCUCCACUGGCCACAGCCAUUUCCCUCUAAGUGUGCAAACCCCCAGGAACAUCCCAGCAGCUGGGUCUCUCCCCUGGACUGCUUUGUUCAGCUUCUAGCAGCAUGCUGCCUUUGUGCUCAAGUGUAGCUUCUGAUUUUACUGUUUUGGGAAUUCUCAGGGUGAAAAUACAAGACUUGGCUCCAGGAAAAACCUUUUUCUCUUCCUUUCCUAAAAAAGCUCACCUUAUUAAGAGAGCAAAGUUGAGCAGCUCGUCCUGUGAUGCCGAGUUUGUCACAUGGGGCUUGUUUUGGAGCUGGGGAGGGUCUGUGCUGUGCAGGGAAUCACUGCAGGCUGCCAGCCACAGGGAAAUGCCCAGGAGCCAGCCCUGUGUCCUCUGGAGACAGAAUGGAGCUGGUGCCAUGGGCAUUGGUGAUAAAUCAUUCCUGCCUGGUCUCUGGCUGUUGCAGACACUGCAUGUGCACACCCUGAGCAGUGAAUUCCCAGUGCUCAUCCCCACCCCACACAGUCCCUGCACCAGCUGCAGUGACCCUCUCUGCAAGGUUCUGUAUCUGCAGAUGUUUCCAUGUUUGCCUACACAGUUGCCAUUGGUGGAGUGAGGUUUUUUUGAUUGCAUUUUGUUUGUUUGUCUCUUUGUUUGUUCGGAUGUUUGGGUUUUAUUGCCUCUGUUCAAUUGCUUGUUUUACCUGUUGCCGAAACAGCUGGUCCUUUUUCGGAGUUAGAUGUUUGUACAUUUUCUUAUAGACUUUCCAAGGAAAAAAAAAAAAAGAUAUAUUUUCUAUUAAUUUAUUACAAUGGCACUAAGACAACUAAAUUGCAGACAUAUGAAGCAUUUUCACUGCAGUUGAGCAUUGUCCAGUUUGUUAAGGAGGUUGGCAAUGUGUCUUUUCUGAUAAUCUGCUUUGCACUUGAAAGCUCUCUAUGUCCACAGACCGUGGUGGUGCAUUGACUGUCUGGUUUAUGAUGACAAGAGCUCUUGGGACGUUGUUUCCAAAAGAUUGUGGCUUACAACUGAAAUAACACGUAGUUGUUUGGAGUACACAAUGUUUAUCAAAAUAAAUAUUCAGUGCAAAUUUCUUAUUUUA